CGAGGAAGUCAUUCGGUGUUGAGCUUUAGAAAUCGAUCGGUCUCCGAAACGGUCAUGAAGGUUUUCGUUAUAAUUUCGUUGUCCCUUCUGGGCUCGCUUGCCGCUGCCCAGCCGCAGGACGCAACCACCACGACGGAGGUCUUCAAGAACAUUUACUACAGAUGCAUGGAUAGCGAAUCUAUGCUGUCCUGUGUUAAGCCAAAGGUGUUGGCUUACGUGAGCGAGGCUGUUAAACAGGACAAGAUUAAGAUCACGGAAGACCUGGCCAUAGUUAAGUCACGCGAGGUACCCGAUGAUAACGUCGAGGAGUAUUACCACCAGUACGAUACCGCCGAUCCGACCAGAAGGGAACUCCUCCGCUCCCUCAUGCUGGAAAAAUUAGACUCCUACCUAUCCAGUCAUCAGCUCGAGGCUAAACUUCCAGAGGCGAUCGCCGGAUCCAACAUCGUCCCUAGGGCGCUCGUCGAGUCCGUACCCUCGAGUCUCACGGUGCCCUUGGGCGACGUCCAGGUUGGGCAAGGUCGCAGCUUCGUGAAGAAGGUGAUGAUCCCGUUCCUCCUCGGUCUCAAGUUCAAGGCUACCGCUCUGGUGCCCCUGGCGCUGGCUCUGAUCGCUCUGAAGACGUGGAAGGCCCUCACUCUGGGUCUCCUUUCUCUCGUUCUCAGCGGCGCCAUGCUCAUUUUCAAACUUACGAAGCCCAAGGUCGCCUACGAGGUUGUCCACUACGGACAUCCCCCCGUGGAACACGCUCCUCAUUGGGACACAGCGCCCCAAGGACCCUACCGCGGCUACAGAAAAUAAAAUCCACGAAUAUCGAACCUCGAAAUCAUCACGCCAAAAACCAACGACUAGGACUGUAUUUAAUAUUUAUUGGAACUGCCCGUCGACGGGCUGAUUCAUUUUCUGUCACAUGUGUACUUCUAUUUAUGUAUAAUAAAUCUAUCUAUUUUUAAUAUGAA